CAAUCAUUACGCGAAGAUUCCAGAGGAGUUUGGUUCCCUCAAACCCACCACCCUCUUCUUGUUGAUGUUUCACGGCACCACAUACAUCUUACUUUCUCAUACUCUGAUGUCUACAUGUACACCUAAUUGCGGUUGUGCAGUUUGUGAAGGAACUGAGGAAGCGCAGCAAUGAUGAGAAGCCAAGCUCUCAAAAUCGCUCUUGGACGAACUUCGAGACCAGGAGGUCAAGUCGGCAUCUCCCAUUCGAUGCGUCGACAAUUGGCCACUGGCAGUGGCUCGACGUUGGGUUACGAACCAAACUAUUCCCACAUGCCCAAAUUUGAACCCAAAGACAACCAAUCCACUCCUGGUGUGGAUACUGCUCUGCAUGAAUCUUCUUCUUGGUCGACGGAUGCCUUGAAUACUGCCAUUCGCGACCACAGUGUCUUUACUUGGGGACCCUCCGAUGCCAUUCGAAAAUCCUGCGUGUUGGCCAAACGAGCCGAAGGCGUGUACAUUUACGAUCAAGACGACAAGCAAUAUCUUGAUUGGUGUGCCGGUGCCGUCUGCUCGAAUCUCGGCCAUUCGGUACCCGCGGAAAUUCAACACGCCAUUCAAAAACAGGUCCAAGAAUUGCCAUUUGUCUAUGGAGACUUUUACGUCUCGGAAAUACGAGCGAGACUCUGUCAUUUGCUCGCUCAAAUCAGUCCGGGCAGUAUUAAUGGAUUUCUCUUUGCGUCGUCGGGAUCCGAAGCCAAUGAAGCCGCCAUUCGGUUGGCCCGUCGGUAUACCGGUCGACACAAGAUUAUGAGUCGAUCUCGAUCGUACCAUGGUGGCACUUCCUCGGCAUUGGGUAUUACGGGAGAUCCCCGAACCUGGGCGGUCGAUGCCACUAUCUCUGGAUUUGUCAAGAUUAUCGAUCCUUUUCCAUUCACAUUUGAUUGGGGUAGCAACGAAGAGGAAAUGGUGGAACGGAGCCUGGGAGCCUUGCAUCAUCAAAUUCUGACCGAAGGACCCCAACAAAUUGCUGCCAUUGUCUUGGAAUCCAUUACCGGUGCCAAUGGGUGGAUGAUGACACCUCCUGCCUACAUGCAAGGCGUUCGAGCCCUCUGCGAUGAAUAUGGAAUCCUCUUGGUCUGCGAUGAGGUCAUGACUGGAUUUGGCCGUUCCGGACGCAUGUUUGGUUUUCAACAUUUUGACGGUGUCCUUCCGGACAUGUACACAUUUGCCAAGGGCACCACCGCCGCGUUCUUGCCACUGUCGGGUGUGGCCAUGCAAGAUCACGUCUUUGACUAUUUCCGAGAGAAUCCCACCGGCUACGGUUCCACGUACUCGGCACAUCCGGUCUGUUGCGCGGCCGCCUAUGCCACACUGCAACACAUCCUCCAAAUCGACUUGGUGGAACACGUUCGAUCGGUCGAACCCGUCAUGAAGGCUGGUCUGGAACGGUUGGUGGCCAAGCAUCCAUCCGUCAAGGCGGCCCGGACCACUGGAUUGGGAGGUGGAUUUGAUCUGGCCGGAAAGGAUGGCAACUUUUUGAUCUGGAUGCAUGAAACAAGUCCGGGUCUGGCACUCUUCAAACAGGCCAUGAUGGACAAUGGAUUGGUGACGCUGAUUCGAGGACAUCAUGUGCAUUGUACUCCGCCACUCAUUAUUACAGCGGAGGAGAUCGAAGAGGGCAUUGAAAAGCUGGACAAGAGUCUGGAUGUCCUGGAUGAGUGGAUUAUGGCCAACUGAGUGGAAGAUUUUUCAGUACCGUAUGUUUCCGUUUCUCUUCGAACAGCUACUAUGACGUCGAUCUCUUUUAAAAAGCUGAAGGAAGGAAUGAAGGAACGAACGAAAAUUGAUAGAGAGAAAAUCAAUCAUUGUUGUUAUCAUGCAUCCUAGAAUUACAGCCAAAACUGCCUGCAAAUAAUUGAGGCACGUGCCAGCCAAUGUGGAUAGACUUCCCAAAUGAAAGGAGCAAUCAACAUCAAGAAGGCUUCAUGUGUUGGCACAGUAACAUGUUCGACAGCUACUGGCUAGCUAGCCAGCCAACUCGCCAUAACCCCAGUUGCUCUAUGUAGUUAUUGUUACAACACUCUAUUGUUGUCUGUGCUGGUCGAGUUCGUUCCAGCACACUUGAUUGAUCCCACGAUUAGUAGACGAUUCCAAAAAGAUUGUUGCCAUUUCAUUCAUUCAUUCAUUCAUUCAUUCAUUCUAAUCUUCAAACAAGGUUUGAUAUUCG